ACAGCACUGCUUCUGUCAAAGGCCAGCAGCAGAAGGAAAACAGUGCGUUACACACGCAUGAAGACGACAGCAAAAAGGCACUCCUUGAGGAGCCUUUUGUGUGGCUCUCCGCUGGCAGCCAUGUCAUGGGCUAUCGUGUGCGCGACGUCCUUCAAAAUCCUGAACACAUCCACAUGGGAGGAUACAUAUGGACUGGCACUUUCUGCCGUUGCUUUGGCCCCGUCCGCACGUUCAACAGAGAUGACAACACACGCGGUCAGAGAGAGAGAGAGAGAGAGAGAGACAGGCGCGCGUGUGUGUGUACGUGUGUGUGUGGGUGAGUCUCAAUGACAUACGAGGAGCUCUCGCUGUCCGACGCCCUGUGACAGACCCUCUGGGAAGCUGCAGAAGCCGCAUAAAAGAGACAUGCGCUGAUCAAGUAUGCCUCCACCUUCAGCAAUAUAAAAUGUAAGCAGCGAUGAAAGUUGAAAGCACAAAUGACAAAUAAGUGUGUGGACCCCUCAGUGAAUCGAUGUGCGUGUGUGUCUGUUUUCUGUGAGUCUGGGUCUUCUAUGGAUACCAGCCGUUGCUGCAUGUCUAGCAACUGCCGUUGGGGCCUUUGAAAUGGCCGCCCUGGACUCGGCCUUGUUCUCGAACAGCCCUUCCCGGCACGAGGCGAAAUCAUCCUCCGCACCCUCCCGUCGCUGCUGCCGUCCCUGCCCAGAGAGACCAUCCGCAAGCACCAGAAGCACCCGGAGGACCUCACGCACCAACUCGUCGAGCAGAACCCCACCCAACUCAUCAAGAAGUCUGCCCGUUUGUUGUGUUGUGUUGUGUUGCUUACUUUGGGCCAUUGUCAUCGGACGAAUAAUACAGCCCCAGGCGCUGUUUGAGCCUAUCGUAGAGGUCCUCGAUCCUCUGCCGGGCCCCGUAUGCUGAUGCAGAAAGUCCCACAGGUCCUUCUCGGGCGGCACCCUCGCCGCAUGCAUGACCGCUGCCUUGUCCAUGGCGUCGAGGACGCCGUAGAUCUCAGCGAAGUCCCGCGCCUCCUUCGGCACGCCAAGCGCAUCCAUGCACUCCUCCACCUCGUGACGGCUGCUGGCAUCCAGUGCCGUCUCCUCUCUCAGCUGCUGCAGCUUGACGACUUGCUGCUGUGACAAAGUGCCGGGCAAGGCGGCAUUGUGCGCAUACUCGACGGCGGAUGACGGGCCGUCAGGUAAGAACUUGACGCCCGAUGAUGCCAGUUGUCGGAAGAGUGGGUUGGGAGAAAAGCCGCCAUCGGCCGUCGGUAUGUCAAUGCUGGCCGCUUGAUGCAU